AUGAGUGACGUAAAGGAACUUAUCAAACAAAGGGGACAUAUUAAGGCUCGUGUAACAUUGUUUGAAAAAUAUUUAAAACCUUUGUUAGAGUGUAAAGAAAUUAGUUUAGUACAGCAAUCAUUUAAAAUUCAAGAACAAAGUGAUAAUAAUAGUAAAAACUUACCUACGCUAUCACCUGCCGCCACGGCCGCUACCGAUUCCGAAGUGCCGAGUAGCUCUGCUUCGGUUUCCAUGACUGCCAUUUCUACCAAUCAAUCACUUCUCUCUACUGCUUUAGUCAAGGUGACGAGUAACGGUAAAACAUGCAUAUUAAGAGCUUUACUAGAUUGUGGCAGUCAGUCUUCUUUUGUGACUGUCAGGGCUCUAAGGGAAACAGGUUCGCAACAUUUUGAUUCUGAUUACCACAGCGUAUCAGGUAUAGGAAGUAGUGUCUUCAAUGUCACAAAACAUUGCUAUUUAGAUAUAGGGUCGUUAAACAGUUCGUUAGUUAUGCGUGUUAAAUGUUUUGUGUUACCUCACAUCACUGAUAGAUUACCCAAUGUUGCAGUGAACGUACAACAUUUGGACAUUCCGUGUCAUGUCCAACUUGCCGAUCCAAAGUUCUUUGAACCUUCCGACAUUGAUCUUUUAUUGGGUGCUGAUGUAUUUUGGGACUUGUUGGAAUCAAGCAGGAUAAAUUUAGGACCUCAAGGCCCAAUCUUGCAGGAAACGAAGCUGGGAUGGAUAGUAGCGGGUCCAACUGCUAUUCAUAGUAACAAUAAGAAUCAGCACACAUCUCUUGGAGCGCUAGGCGAUUCCUUCUACGAGUAUCUGUUGAAGGCCUGGAUCCUAUCAGACAACGAGGAUGUUCAGGCUCGGGAGAUGUUUGAUGAAGCGAUGCAGGCCGCUCUCGACAAGAUGCUAAGGACAUCCCCUUCAGGGCUCGCAUACCUCGCGGAGGUCAAAUACGGCAGGAUAUUUGAAGAAAAGAUGGAUCACUUAUCGUGUUUUGCAGGUGGUAUGUUCGCUCUCGCUUCAACAACAAUGUCAAACUCUCUGUCUGAACGAUACAUGGACGUGGCUCGCAAAUUGACUCACACAUGUCACGAGAGCUACGACCGCUCAGAAACUAAACUCGGACCGGAGGCAUUCAGAUUCUCUGGCGCCGUAGAAGCUCGCGCUAUGAAGAGUAAUGAGAAGAUGUACCUACUGCGACCAGAAACCUUCGAGAGCUACUUCAUCAUGUGGAGACUCACCAAGGAUCAGAAGUAUAGAGACUGGGGGCUGGGAGGCGGUUCAGGUACACACUAA